UGGUCGCAUAUUAUAAGACGUCAUUUAAUGUUUUGUAAACAAUACGAAAGUGCGUUGGAAAGUUAAAAUAGAGAAAGAUACAAAAAUAAUUGAGUAGCACGGAUUGCAGGUGGCGAUUGAAUAUACAUACGUAUAUAGUGGCAUUAUAAUUUCUUAACGUGGAAUAAAAAAAAAAAUAAAUAAAUAAAAAAGUAACAUGUGAGUUAAAAGGCAAGCGAAGCAUUUUAGUAUGUGAUCAAAUCCCGGAUAUUUUUUAGACAAUGGAACAUUUCGUUCAGGAAUAAUGCAAAUUUUUGCACAUGGGGGGAAUGUGAAUAAUAGUCCUCUUCAUUGGUGUGAUGGAAUGAUGUUAUUCUUUUUAUUUUAAGACGUAUUUGUAAUUUCGGAAAGUCUAUCCAACAUUGACACAUAUAAAAGCCAUAAAUAAACUUAACCAAAAGCUGUGACAAACAAUAGUUUUGGCUUUUUCCGUUCUGUUCAAUGUGCUUGCAAAAUAAUAUUUAUAAAAGAACCGAACCGCAGCAAUAGAAACGUUAGCAUUGAAGCAAUAACGAAUAAAACAAAAGAUAUAACAAACGAGAGGUGAAGGUCUUAAUAGAGCAACAGGAAAAGUUGUUUGUCAACUUGUGGCGUCCCUAGAUUUCGGCAGUUGAUGUACUCCUGACUGGUGCGUCAGAUAGCUCGGUCGUUGAAGUAAUAUUAAUAAUAGAAGCAAUUAGUACAUACACAAUGUCUUCCGUUACCCGUAGUGCGAGUGCUAGUCCAUCUGUUGGCCAUUCAAAUAACCAUCAGCACCCACAUAUUAUUCAAACGGAACGUCAAAGUUAUCAGCAUUCAACAGUAGAUCCCAGUAAUUUUCCACUUAAAUCAAUAACAGAUGUUGUGAAUUUUUUUCGUCGAUCACUAGAAUCAGGUUCCCACGGGCAUGGAAUUGAGCCCGACUUAACUUUGCUUUCAAUUGUUGCGGGCUAUGUCGAGCUUUCCUUAACUACAGGUGAUGCUGCCUUAGCAGCCGAACAUGCACUAUCGAACGCAACUACAAAUACGACUAUUUCUUCCCUUCCACUUCUUGCGGCUGGUGUUGGUUUAACGUCAGCGUCAACUUGCGGCAUAAUAAAGAGCAACAGUGUACCUUUUCCUGUUGUAACUUAUGAGUUGGUUUCGGGACUAUAUAAAAAAUUUCAAAGCAUACUAUCCGUAGUUGAUAAACCAAAGCCAACGCAAAAUCGCCAAGCAACUCGCGAAGUUAUCAAAAAGGUAUCAGACGUAAUUUGGCACUCUUUAAUAAGAAGUAGUUACAAGGAUCGGGCUCAUUUGCAAAACCUGUACAGUUAUUUAUCGGGCAAUAAAUUGGAUUGCUUUGGUGUAGCUCUUGCUGUUGUGGCAGGCUGUCAGAUGUUAGGCUAUCGUGAUGUACAUUUGGCUAUAUCUGAAGACCACGCCUGGGUCGUAUUUGGAUUAAAGCACACUGAAUGUAUUGAGGUUACGUGGCAUGGUAAAGGUAGCGAAGAUAAACGUGGUCAAGAUAUAACCGCUGGGAUUGAAUCUGGAACCUGGUUAUAUUUGGGUGGCUUGGCAGUUGUAUGUGAUAGAGCUAUGGAAGUUACUGCUAUAGUCUCAGCGAUUAAUAUAUCAAUGACAGCAAAUAGUGAUUGUGUAGAAGUUGCGGAUUUGCAGCAAAAAUUGCUUUGGUUACUGUACGACAUGGGUCAUUUGACAAAAUAUCCCAUGGCUUUAGGAACACUUGGCGAAUUGGAAGAAAUAUGUCCAUCACCAAAACGCAUAUCUUGUGAACAAUUAUAUAAAGAGGCUAUACAAUCUGCUCGUAAAUAUUAUCGCAACCAUCAUGUUUACCCUUAUACCUACCAGGGUAAUUUUUAUAAUCGGCUCUUAAAAUAUCGCGAAGCCUUUGCUGCGUGGGCUAAUGCCGCAGAUGUAAUACGUCUCUAUACGUACAGUUGCCGCGACGAUGAGGAAAUCUAUAAAGAGCUUUUGGACAUUGCAAAUGAGAUGAUACCCCACGUUAUGAAAACGGAAAGUUCGGGUCAUUCGGCACGAAGUAUUUUACGCGAUUCCGAAGUAUUUGCAAAUUUAUUGCGUUUCUAUGAUGGUAUUUGCCAAUGGGAGGAGGACAGUUUAACACCAAUAUUGCAUAUUGGUUGGGCUAAACCAUUAGUAAAUAACAUUACAAAAUUCGAUUAUGACAUUAGGUCCCAAGUUGUGAUUAAGGUUCCUGAAGAGGAUGAGGUGUACGCAAAAAAACAAAUAUCUCCAGGAUUGGCUGAAGCAACAACUUCCUCAUUGAGGAUUUUAGAAAAUUCACUAAGAGAAGAAUCCUCUGAGUUUCUUAAAAUUGAAAAGAUGCCUGUGAACUCCGAUUUGAAAAAGGAUCAGGUUGUUACCUGCAUUAUGAAUAACAAUACUCUUAAAAAGGAAGAGAAGGCUUCUUUGGAUGCGAAAAAAUCGGAUAUUACGGCUACGUUGGCGAAUCUAACUGCCGCAUGUGGGGAGAAGAUUUUAAAUCCUGAAUUUUUAUUGCAAGGCGGAGGCGAGCCUUUCGCUGAACAAAAGAAACAGUUAGAACAGAGGCAGGGAGCCUGUAACAGCGAUUCAGCAAAUGGAGUAAGAAAUAUCACAAGUAAAAAUAUCGACUCAAGCUUGGAGACAGAGAAAUCAAAACUCAGUGCAAAGUUGGUCCAAGAUAAUGAAGACAUUAUUAACAAUACUCUUUCAUAUUUGAAUCCAUCUUCAUCUCCACCCUCACCCGAAGACGAGAAUCCGUUCGAGUUUAUGUGUAAACGUCCCAUUAUUACACUUUACAGUCAAAAAAUGAAGGGACUUAAAGAUCUUCUGUUAGCAGAAAAAUUAAAUACCCAUGCUAUUUCGCUACAAGUCACCGCUCAAUCUGUAGCCAGCAAGAAGAUAAGAGGAAUCGAUAAGCUUGGCAAUCAUACGAGCACUUCAACCUAUGCAACUGCUCAUGUACCAAUCAAUGCUUCACAGUCGGCUCAUCCAAAUCAUUAUGGGAACUUGUCUGAUGGUAUAACUAACGUAAAUGAUAAUGGUGGUGUAGCUUCUUCAAUUGCUUCUUCACGACCUAAGCGUUCUCGUCGCGAGUAAGUAAUACAGUUGAGGAAACUCAGGUCAGGAAUUAGGUGUUUGGGCCAUCUUUAGUUGAACUUUCAGAAAAUACAAAAUGAAGAGCUCCAACUAUCCCGAAAGUCUUGCGUAACCUUGGCACAAUUACGUUCUGGAUAUCAGUAGGUUAAAUUGUUACCUACCGAGAAUCGACCUCGAGAUACUAAACAUAUGUGCAGCAUGUGAAGACACCCCGCACGAUAUAACCACCUUUUCACAUGCCUCAUCUAACACCCCCCUCCCUCUGAGCCCAACCUGUCGAAACAGCAAGUUUCUGGGUCUACCGUUAGAUGAGCUAGAGGAAGACGACCGGUAAUUUACAUUGCACUGACAGGCCUAGUAUGCUGCUACAACAACAACGACAAUAAUGUAUACAUAUGUACAUAUAUAUUUGCCAUCAUUAUUUUGCAAAUGCCGUAUGUAUUAUAAAAUAUCAAGCUAUCAGGAUAUUUCACUUUGAACAACCCAUACAUUUUUUUGAUGUCUAAAUCAGGGUUUAAGCAGUCUUUCUUUGAAGAGGAACGACCAUAAUGCCUGACCUUCACUCCAAAAUCGCCAAUUCUGCUUAUUUACGUACCCAUUGAUCCAAAAAUGAGUUUCGUCGCUGAACACAAUUUUUCGAUAAAAAAGUGGAUCUUAAACUUUCUCAACAGAACACGUAUUUUUAUAAUAAAAUUCAAUGAUUUGCAAGCGUUGUUCCUUUGUAAGACGAUUCAUGGUUAAAUUAUAGACCGAACUGAAGAUGUUUGACAGUGAAACAAAACACGAAACGUGCGUCAGCUGUUUAAACCAACUGUUUAAAAAGAUAAUAGCUAAAAAAUCACCCGUUAGUUGUUUCAUCAUUUGUUUCAAUUCUUUUUGUUGUGUCGGGUAAGUGUUAGUUGUGAGAGAAUGAUGUUUAUGGCUCGUUGAUGAUAUAUUUUUGGGAAGUUUUUCUGCGUACGAUAUUUCUGGGGUUAUUAGUACAUUUACACCAGUGUUGUGAUACUGCGGGUGGCGUUUGCGUUGUUGGUAGUCCUUUUUUACUGAGGAAAGGGGAAUUUUUGUAUUUGUAGGGCUUUGUAGACCAUGCAUCCUUUAUAAUUUGCAGUAUGAUUUUCGCCGUAUAGGGCACAUUUAAUUACAUUGCUGUUGGAGGAGUGAAUGAUUUUGCAGUUAAGUGUAUUAUGUUUACCAGCACAUUUUACACAUACUGGAUCUUUUGCGCAAUAAUUCUUCGUGUGACCAUAUUUUUGGCAGUUUGUGCAUUUAGGGAUUGUCCCCUUUUGAUGUGGUGGCUCAAACGUGACUCUGCAGUGUAGAGGGCUUACUAUUUUGUAAAUUUCUUUGUUAUUCUCUUGUUGUUUUAGUUCUAUAGCAAAGAGCGGGAGAUGUUGUUUUAUGUUACUGCGUUGAAUUUUGUGUAUAUUUAGCACUUCGUGACCAAGUUCUUAAUUUCGUUUUUAUCUGCUGCAUGAUAGACGUUGCGAAGUAUUACUUUGAAGCCUCGUAGGUAUUUAAGUCUAAAUGUGUAGUUAUUUGUUUGUUUAUCUUUUAAUAGUUUUAAAAUGUUUGUGUAGUGAAUGCUUUCUUGUGGUUGGAUUUUAACUUAAUUUGUUGAGAGUGCUUUAAGUUCGUAUUUUGUAUCAGAUAGUGAUUUAAGGGCUGUUGUUAAUGCAUGUACAUUUUCUACCUUUUGCGCAUACAUAUAUGGGCCGUGGUUUAAUUUUGCGUUGUUCUGUUUGGAUUCGUAAUUUGGUUUUCGGUUCUGUCCCAGUGCCAGUAUGUAGUUCACUCUCUUCAGCUUCUUGUGCCAGCAAUUCAAAACGAUUUUUCGAAUUAGGCUUGUCCAGUCAGUACUCUUGAGUGUUUUUUGUACAGUACUUUGAGUUUGGUUUUAUGUUUUUUAUUACUGUUCAUCUGUUCGUUUGAGUUGUUUGGGAACUUUCUGUUACGGUACCGUUUUAGGUUUUUUUGCUUAUUUGGUUCUUUGGGGGGUAAUGGUGUUGAUAUUUUGUACUUGCGCGAAUGUCAAUGUUGUGGAAGUUUUUGAAUUUGUUGCCGAAGAGCAAAUCAGAUGUGACAGGGAACAUACUGAUGUUGUAGCUGCUGUGUUUGCUGUUGUUGUUGUGUUGUUUAUUGAUGUCGUUGUGAGCGGAAGAGUGGACAGAGCGAGCUAGUGGCUCGGUAUUGUGGCGGAGAGUGGUUGAUGUUUUUGAUAUGUGUGGGAGAAGUGGAGUUGGUGGUGACGCGCACUGGCCACUCCAGGAAGUAAAUUUUAACGAUGCUCGCUCUCUACCUAUAACAUUCCACUGUAAAUUUUAAUUUUUCUUUUCUUUAUCGUUUUCAUUUACUUCUUCAUGCUCAUCCAACUAGAAAAACUUGAAAUUACUGAUAAUCUUUUCUGUGUCCUUGUAUAUGACACCACAACUUCAGCACUACCUUCUGUAGAUAGCACACGCAAGAUCCACGAAAUAAAAGGAAUGCAGGCUACAAAUUUGAAAAUACUUUGUCAUUUGCUAGAUUUUUUUCUAAUAUUAUCACUGUUACACAACUGCAGAACAACAGUACAAAAUAUGCACUCCAUUUAAAAAAAAAUGCAUAUACUGAAUGGAAAUGUAAACUUUCUUAGCGGUGGCAAGAAAAAUAUAUAUAUAUUAAAAGUGCUCUUCCCAUUUAACGAAGAAAGAAAACAUAUCCACACACGAUCGCCUUUGCUAACUACAUUUCGUCUCCAGACCCUCAAUAUCUAACAGUCCAAGAAUAUUUCAGAUUUGUUGUAUCCUUACCACUCACACAUUAUUGCAUGGAAUUUCAAAUUACGUGAAUUUCCGUCUCCCGUCUUCGAAGUGUUAAAAGAAAUUUAAUUGAAUGAUUUAAUUAAGUUUAUUCGAUGUAAUGUAUUCUAACAUCCGCUAAAAUUAUAAAUAUAUAGCUUUGUUUACUUAAAUAUUAAAAUAAAUAACAAAGCGAAUUUCUUUUUCUUAAUGUCGAGUAAACAGCAUCAUUUCAUAAAGAAUAUACUCGACCUAAUUCAGUUAAUUCAACGACUUUGAUAUUAACAGUAGAGGACUGUUGUUAUAUUUCUGAGUGUACUGCUUCUGACCAUCUUGAGAAUCGGUCAAUCAUCGUAAGGCUGAAUCUAUAUCCUUAUGGUAUUACAAUAAUGUCUAAAUGUACAUUAAUUUUAAUAACACCCUAAAUAUUGUGUUGUGGAAUCCCUCAUGCGUUUCCUGUCAAAUGUAAUAAAAUAUUUUAUCUAAAUAAUUAUCUAGUAUCUUGUAGCUUUGAGUUCGUUAUCUGUAACUAUUUUUUAUGAGCUUCCGAAUUUAAUGAAAUGAUAUUCUAAACUGUUCCAUAUUUUGAAAAUUUAUCGAUGACGGUCAGAAAAUGGAAUCUCAUAAUAAUAUAUAAAUAACUUCGUUGCUGCUUUUGUUGUAGCAGCAUAAACAUUCCCCGUGCAUAUACGAGGAAUGCUGCUGAAGUGACAGUCCUCGGCCGCAUAUAAAUCGCGGUCGUUCCGGUUACGUAGUACCGACUGUCGUGGGAACGUAACUUCGUAUUUUUUAUUAGUGUUUCCGUCAUUUUAAAUUUGAGCUUUAUUGGAUUCCUAUCAUUUUUUAUUUCCUGACAAGCUUUACCAUUACCAUUAGGCUAAUUCAUUGUGCAGUUAACUACAUAUUUCUUUAAUGGGCUACAGUCAACAAUUUCUUUCUAAAUAAUGGGUUAUAAAAGAAAAUUAAAAAUUCAGAUUCUAAAUUAUAAUCAACUAUUUCAUAACAUUUGUACUGCCAAAUUAUUUAAGAAUUAAUUUUGUUUUGAGUAUAGGAUAAUGAAAUGAAGAAUGAACCCUAUUUUAAUUUGUAAUUCAAAUUUUUAAUAAAGAAUUGGAAAUUUUAUUGAUAAAGAUAAAGGCAACCUUGAACUUAUAUUUUUUUUCAUUUUUUCCUGAAUUUUAAAAAAUUCUGCAAUAAUGAUGCCUUGAUUUUGAAGGGCCAGAACAAACUAUUCGAUAUUCUUCAUUGUGACAAAAAAUAUAAUCCUUUAUAUGAUGAUGAUAUAUUUAAAAGUAUACUCUGAUAAAAGUAAUUAGUGUGUAAACUAGAGUAAAAUUAAUGCAAGAGGAAAAAGAUUAGCAAACGAAAGCAUUUCUCUACCAGUUAUCUUUAAUCGACUAUGGAUGUCCAUUCACCAUAGUUAAUGUUAAGAAAAUCUAAAUUAAAAGCUUUCUUAGACAUAAGUAAAAGUAAAAUAUUGCAUACGCCUUCAAAAACCGCAAAUGAGAAAGUUAUUAAUACUAUUAUUAAUUGAUUCCUCUCCAUAAGACCAACAUCAUUUAAAUUUUCAUUUCCCUUAUUUCACAGUCUUCUUUGAUCUUCGCCAGCGUAUUCGAUCUUUUAGCCAUAAGAUCGUUGACACCAAGUGCACGCAAACUCGCUAAAUCACAUUUGUAAUCUGAGCUCCGUUUCGAAUUCUGCAAAUGGUUACCGUUCCCUUUGCAACAGGGAAUUAAACUUGAAAAUUUCUAUAACAGUAUUCUUGUGUGGAGAGUAAUGUUUCGAACCGAGAUUGCAACACUUGUAGAUAUAUCGCCUCCCUUAUACCAGAAACACGAAUGUGUAAAAAUUAAAAGACCGAAAAACGUAUAUUUCUCGUAAAUUUAGAAUAUUUGGCUUCUGAUAUGCCAAAUUGUUUAUAGCUUCUUUGUACACUUGGUAUUCUGAGUUUUGGUACAACAUAGAACAUCCAAAGGUUAAUCAAGUCAACUCAUUAACUCAGAAUUGGAAAAUUUGCACAUUCAUGCUUCAGGUACAUAGGUACAAAUCAUGAUACAAUUGUGGUGAUAAGUUACGAUAUGGUACAAAUCAUGACUCAAUUAUUACUAUUUCAGCCAUUGGUACACAUUGCGAUUUUACCAGCAGGAGCAGUGUUCCCAGAAGGGAUAAUGUUUAGUUGUAGAAAAUGUGUAAUUUGCUGAAGAAACCAGGCGAAUUAACCUUAUCAUGGUAACGCCAGCAGUGGCUGCUAGUUGCCUUAAUUGUGUAAUAGAAUCAUUUAUAAUAAUAUUUUAUGUAAAUAAAUAAAUAAAAUAAAAUAGACACCAGCCAUUCCAUAUCAGAUAUCUUCAAAUCUAUUUGACUAAUUGUAACGAACGUAAUUUGCUAGAGUACAUAUAGUUCAGUUUGAAAUUUUACGAGUACACAAUUACCAGUGCACUAACUAACUAAACUAAAUAGAUCACUGCAAUUAAAAUUUAAAGGUGUAAUAGUUCACGAAAUUGUUGCCGGCAACGUUAUUAUUACCACCCAAAAAACAUUAAAAACAUUUUGAAAAAUGCUUUUUCGAUCACCUUAAGAACUUUUUCCAUUUUUGAUUUUUUUUUUUUGUUUUGUGGGCAAACAAGUUUUUGUAAGUAUGUAUUUCUCACUCAAUAUUGAAAAUUUUUUGAGGAGCAGAAGUAAAACACUAAGGGUGCGACCAGAGUGAACGCUGAUGCCGAGCGGAGCCGAGCCGAGCUUAUUGACGCUUAUUUUCAUGCGAGAAGAAAAUUUGUAUACAACACAGUGAAUGCGAGAAUCAGCGCUGAAAUUCUGUUUAUUCCAUUUGUUUUGCUCUUAUGUCAUUUAAUUUUGUUGUUCAUUUGUGUUUAUAAAAUUGCUGUACACGGUAAUGGAUUCAUCUGAUGAAGAGUAUUUUGCUUCUCCUAGUGUGAUUAAUGCAAUUAUUAACACAAAAGAGUUUGGAAAAAAUCCAAUUACACUAAAAAGGAAUGAAUUUGGUGAAUUUCAUCAUUUAUAUAAUGAUUUAAGAAAAUAUCCAGCUAAAUUUCAACAAUAUACCCGAAUGAAAAUUGAAACAUUUGAUUACAUUCUGGACAAGAUAGGUGUGAAACUAAACAAAAACUGGACAAAUUUUUUUUUUUUUUUUACCCCACUCCAUUGGCCAGUUUUUUUUCGAUUUUCGUGGUGUGGUGCACUAUGGAUUCCUUCCACCUGGCCAAACUGUUAAUAAGGAAUAUUGUUUAAGCGUUAUACGUCGUUUACGUGAAGCAAUUCAUCUAAAAAGACCAGAAUUAUGGGCCAACAACUCUUGGUUUUUGCAUCAUGAUAAUGCACCGUCUCACACUGCACUCGUUCUUCGUGACCAUUUCGCCAAAAAUUCCACGCAUAUCGUUCCGCAACCACCGUAUUCGCCUGACUUGGCUCCGUGUGGCUUCUGGCUAUUCCCAAAACUCAAGAGGCCACUCCGGGGAACGCGUUUCGAGUCGAUUGAGGAGAUAGAAGCUGAAUCGAAGAAGGUGCUGAUGGCUAUACCGGAAAUGGACUAUUUGGCAUGUUUCGGGGAUUGGAAAAAUCGUUGGCAUAGGUGUAUUUUAUCGAGAGGGGAUUUUUUUGAAGGGGAUGAAAUUGAUUUACAAGAAUAAAUAAAGAUUUUUCAUUUUACAACCAAAUUCACCUUACUUUUUGCCCACAGGUAAAAAAAGAAAAUAUUAAUCCUGGCAAUCCUAAUAAGGAUAAUGGAAAACUUUUAUCAAAUUAUUGCAUUGUCAUCGGUCCUUGAUAGGUGUGCAAAAUUUCAAGUCGAUCAGAUUUUUAGAAGCCAGUGAAAAUUAAGCUCAAAGAUUCCGUUACAUACAUACAUACAACCCGACCUAAUAAAAGUGUGUUAAAAACACAACUGCACUCUAAAAAGUAAACAUCAACAAUCCAAAAAAGCGAGCAAAACGCUUUGAAACUGUUUUCUCGCACUCAUCGGCUUUGCUCUCUGCUCUUGUCGGCGCUCACUGUGUUAUACACAAGCUUAUUUGUAUUGACUUGUAUGUAGUCAGUUUUAUCGCACUGACAAUCUCGGCUCGGCUUUCAGCGCUCACUCUGGUCGCACCCUAAGAUUUUAGAACUGGUUAAGUGCACUAUGCUUAUCCCGUUUUAUGCUAUUCAAAGAUUAUAAAUUUUGAAAUAUUUGUAUAAAAUUAUGGAGAGAAAAAAUAAAAGGGAAGCAUAUAGCUAAGUUAAGAAUAUCAAUCCCAAAUAAAAAGGACGUACAGUUUAUAAAAGAAAUGUUAGUGGUUAAGUAUACUUUAAAAUAAUAUAAAGAAUAUACAUACAUAUAUGUACGAGUAUGUAUUCAAGUUUAAAUUCAGUUUAACAUUUCCUCUCUCUUGUGAUAUGCUUUCCUAAAAGCUUUUGUAAUCAAACUAUUAUACUUAUAUACAUAUUUAUAUAAUAUAAUAUAACUGCGUAUGUACUAUCGCAGUCCUAACAGUAUACACUUUUUAUUUUCAUAAAUACCUACAUAUACAUACAUAUAAGUCAAGGAUUGUACACUAAAAACACUUAAGGGGCCAACCCGCUUAAGUGAAACACGUCAUAAAUAUUUAAUUCAGUACUAUUAAUACCAAUAUACGAAUUAAACUUAUCGUUGCAGCGCCAACAGUGGCUGCAAUCUUACAAAAAUGUUGUUCAACACGAAUAGACGAUAACAAUUUUGAAAAAGGGUGUCUUCAGGAUCAACCUUACCGAAAACAGUACCAGUCCAGAUGGUGGUAGGGUUAAACUUUUGAAGCCUAGGGCGGAAGUAUGAAUAAUUUAUCGUAUAAAACGACUUCAAAUAUUGUAUAAUUUCUAUUCUCAGAAUAUUUAAAGAGGAAUUUUUUGGAAUUACAUAUGAACUCUCUGGUUCCAACCUAAAUGAUUAUUUUUGCCCCUUUUCUCAAAACAGGUACAAUGAAAGUUCAUUAAAAAGCAGUUAAAGUGUUAAAUUAUUCCUCAUACGUUUUAAUAAGGUUACCGAAAUAGCAUUUGGAAACAUUUUAAACACAUACAUUCCUGUUGAGUAAACUGUUAAAAAAACGUAUUUUCUUUCCAUUUAAUCAGUUCCACUAAAUAUGCCUUUCGUAUUUCAAAUAUGUCCAUAUUUAUUUUUUUUAUUAUUAUAGAAAUAUUCCUUUAAUGUUUCGUCCCUAAAGGAAAAAUUAAACGAAAAAAGAAUUUCUUUGUUCAUAACUUAUAUUCUGUGGAUCCUUCUUCAUUUCAUCAGUUCCACUAAAUAUGCCUUUCGUAUUUCAAAUAUGUCCAUAUUUAGUUUUUUUAUUAUUAUAGAAAUAUUCCUUUAAUGUUUCGGCCCUAAAGGGAAAAUUAACACUUUGGCUGAAACAUAUCACCAGUGAUCACAAAAAAAAACCUACCCCAGGUGCCAAGCAAAAAAAUCAUGUUCCCGUUUGAAUUUUAACGAGAUAUUUUUACCAGGAAUAAAAGUCACGCUCCUGACGCGUAUGAGCACGUUUUUGUGCUGUGUUCACCGGUGACCACUUGCCGUUUUUUUAAAACUAUUCUUAUUUUAUUUUGAAGAAGUAAAUCAAAAUAAAUCAGUAUCAAACUUAAGUUCAUAGCGAGCAGUUGGUUGCAAAUUACAGUGAAAUAUAGUGAAGUGAAGUUGGGAAGUUAUGAAUUCCGAGGAAAUACGUGACGCGUUGAAUUCAAUGGAAAAUUCCAGUGUUAGUGGUGAGGAUUUUAGUCCAGAUGAAGAUGAGUACAUCCCAGAUUCAGGCAGUGAUACAAGGAGUGAUGCCAGUAUUGAUGAAGACCUCGAUGUUAGUGCUACAAAUGUUAAUAAUACUGCUGAUGAAGACCAGACGGAAACUACGACAGCAUGGGCCUCGCCUGCUACCGGAGAGACUUUGAAAAUUUAGAAGAAUUUACCAAUUCACCCCAGGUUUUGCAAUAUGAUGCCGGUACGCCAUUUCAAUAUUACAGAAAGUUUUUGACCGAUGAGAUAUUGGAUAUUAUUGUUGAAGAGACAAAUAGGAAUGCAAACUCUCAAGUAACUGGCAUCGGUACUCGCAGCAGCAGUAGGAUGAAUAUGUGGAAAGAUACUGAUCGCCAGGAGAUCAUGGAGUUUCUGGCCAUAGUCAUGUAUAUGGGAAUGGUAAAAUACCCUGCAAUAACCGACUAUUGGAAACCAAGCACAUUGUUCAAAAACGCAUUCGUCCCACAAGUUAUGGCUCGUAACCGGUUCCAGAUCUUGCUCAAAUUCAUUCACUUCGCAGAUAAUGCCCAGUCCUCUGAAACAGUGUCAAAAACUUAUAAAAUGCAAAUAUCUGACUUUCGUCAAAGCAUUAUCCUUUUCAUGAGUGGAAAAGAUAGCAUUUCAAUAGCGCGCUCACCUCCGCAGGAAAAACAUUUUUUAAUAACGUCGACAGAAGCAACAAAGGAUGGUAGGCGCAAGAGACAUCGUUGCGGCAUGUGCUAUUCAGAAUUAAAGACGACAAGCUCGUCGUCAGUCGCCAGGAAGAAGGCCAAACUAGUGGCCACAUACUGUGCCCAACGUCGGAGGUCACCAUACCUAUGUCUUAAACAUUUUCAACAACUACAUUAAAAUUAAAAACAAAAAAUAUAGUUUUUUCUGUUUCCAGAAUUGAAUUGAAUUUUCUCAUUUUUAAUUUCGUAUUAUUUCAAAACUUUGUAUUUUACUAUGAAAUAAAAUAUUUUUUCUUUUAAAAAAAAACUUUCAAUUUUCCCAAAACUCCUUCCGUUAGGGUCCCAGCCCCUAAAAUCUAGGGGCCUAAGCGUGUAUCACUGGUGAGACAUUGGCACCUGGGGGUAGUUUUUUGAAAUGAUCACCGGUGAUACAUUGUCACCUGGGGGUAGGUUUUUGAAAUGAUCACCAGUGAUACAUUGGCAGCCAACGUGUUAAACGAAAAAAAGAAUUUCUUUGUUCGUAACUUCUAUUCUGUGGAUUCUGUGGAUGUUAAGUAAAGCUAAACCAUUUGAUUUUUGUUCAGUUUAAUUAGGUAAAUAUGUUUUAAUUAUCCCGAUUGCUGAGAAGCAGCGUUCGCUGGAAGGAACUGUCACUGGAAGUGUUGCUCCUAUCUUAAGAUCAUCUAUGAAUGUUGUUUGCCUAUGUUCCGUAGGUAAAUUAAAAAAAUGUUGAUGUCAGAUUGAAUACCAAUGGUGAAAUAUUGAAACGGUGAAAUAUUAGCCAUUUUGUUUCCAAAGUAUAUGCAGUAAUUGUUAGUUCUACUACUUCAACUUUUACACAUUUUGUUUCAAUAAUGUUUAGAAUGCUAGACAAGAUUCUAAAUACAUAGCCAAAAUGAAAGCAGCCGGAAAGGCAGCUUAUUUCGGUUUAAAAAAACUCGUUAUUUUUACAGAAUGCACUUUUAAUUUUCAUUCCCAAAUAAUACACUAGCUCGUAACUCAAUUUUUCGAUUUAACUCACACACAUUGAGAAUACGCUUUUUCUAUACUAUUACACAUACUAUAUGUUUGUUCUUUAUCCGCAGGUUUUUGCAAAUAGUUAAAAAUUCAUACACCCUUUACCGAAAGAAAUUUAAAGAAAAUUGUCUCAAAAUUUUCCACAGAUAAUUCGGGGUGUUUUCACUCCAAUAAUUUCUCCAACUAGGUUUGUCUCCAUAUCUUCAAAUGGGUUUGCAUUAGUGUUUCAAAAAAGGUAUUUUAUAUUUUGAUUUGUAUUUAAAAACUGAUGACCUAACGUAAAUUGCAGGAGAUUAAAAAUGCCAAUAAACCUUAGACUAUUGUCUUAUUUAGAACCUUAGUGAGACAUAUUAUAUUAGUUUGUCUAUAACAGUUAUAGUGUUUUAAUUUAAACCAAAAAUUUACCAUAUAAAAGCUUGAGUCGCAACUUAAUGGUCUUGUUAUACCUAUUUACCUACAAACGAUUUGGUAAAAUUGAUGGUCAAUUUGGGUGGUUUCAUUUGUAAGUUGGGCCAUCGAAGUACUCCUAUUUGAAACACUUAGUGUAUAUGUAGUGUAGAUUAAAAUAUAUAAGUAUAUUACACUUGCAUAACCAAGUACAUAUAAUACAUUACUUAAAAAAUAAGAAUACAGUCAUAUAUAAGGAAUGGCUAUGAUUUGUAAAUAAUGAUAAUAAGAAAUGAAUUUUAAGGAAAGUCUGUGAUGAAAAAAUUAUAAAAACUAAUUUCACGUCAUUUUUAGUGCAUAUAAAUCCCAAAAUAAACAUGUUAAAGCGGAUAUGAAUGGAAAUCAUAUUUAAUAAGAAGUUACGUUUUGCAAUAAUCUUCUACAAACAUAGAAUGUUUAAAUACCUGUAACAUUUAAAUAAAUAAUAAUAGUGUAUAUUUAAAUGUUAAAUGUUAAAAAUUAUAAAAUUAAAUAUAUCCAUAUUGUAGUUACAUUGUGAUUUUUGAUUUUGACGUGUAUUUAUCUAAAUAAUGCAUAUAGUUAUAUUUUUAAGAAAAAUGUUGUAAAUUCAACACAAAAUUUAAAAUGUAUAAAACUUGAAUAAUAAAAAAUUCAUAACGUUUUUGGCUUUACUACAGCACAUUGAGCAUUUUUUGGGACAUAACCUACAAUUCGUCUCUUUGUUUUUCCUUCUUUCUUUUGCUUCUGAGUGUUCGGGUAUAUAUCAAUACUCGUAUUUAUAUACAAGCUCGUUCGGUAAAGGAGCAGAUGGUUUUUUAUUAAGGGCUUUUUCAUACCAGAAAAACCACUCGGAGGUUAAUCAAGUCAGUACUUGCCAAGGGGCGGCCGCUGUUAGAAACACCCUUUUCAAUCAUUUUAUAUUUCAUGACUACAGUGGGUUUCGAACCCGGGCCCUCCCGGGAGUCUCGCUAUAGCUAUGGUGGCCGCCUUGUCAAGGUUUGUAGUUGUAGAUAAAACCUUAUAAAUUACCGAAAUUUUAAAUUUCGUCAGUCGAUGACAAAUUCUAAUU